AUGACUCUAAUUGAGGGAGUGGGAGAUGAAGUGGUGCAAUUUGCUAUAGCGGUGCUAGUAAUCAUAGUUGCUAUAUUAGCUUGGUGGUCAACAAAUGCCCGCCCGGACCGAUACCGAGCUGUUCUCUUGAUGCGCUCUCGCACUCAUCACCCAGUUACAGUUAGCAUACGAACGAGACCAAGUAUAACAAAUAUCCAAGCUAGCAGUUCUGUGCAGAAUAUAACAGAGCCCCUAGCAUCAAAUACUUCAAGCUCAGUUAGCGAAAGUACCAGAGAAAACGCCAGAGUUAUACCUCUACAGGAAAUGGAUAGUAUUGUAGAUGCUGACAUGGCUAUGCUGGACAAUAAUCGGCUGCAUUUCUAUAGGAGAAUUGAUUCACCAAACAACAGUCAGAGUCCCACAGAGUCUCUGAGCGAAGAGAGUGAGACUCAGGAAGAAUCUGAACCAGCAAGCAAUGCUCAGAUAAGAGAGAUGGAUAGUAUUGUUAGUGCAAUGGAGGCUGAUGUAACAACUGGAUGUGACUUUUUCACUAGAUCUAAUGGAAGUAAUCAACUCACAGCCUCUGCAGAUCAAAAAACUGAUAAGAAAGAAGACAAUAAACAAAAUAUUUCAUCAAGUAGCUCAAAUGUAAGCAGAGAAUCGGAGCUGGACUCAGAAAAUGCGACUGUCGAAGCUGAAACAGUGAUUAGCGAAAAUACUGAGAGUGAAAGAGAUAGGAGAAAAAUACUUAUCAAAUUGAAGUAUCUCAAUGAAACUUUGAAAGAAGUGGACGGCAGCCUCGAUGAAUUAUUAAAGGAUUUUAAAUGGCGUCACUUCCAAGCGGAACUCACUUCAGAAUGUCGCGUCCGACUGAUAUUCAACGGCCGUGUGUUAGUCGAUGAUGCGGCUACGUUGCAGGCUUGCGGCCUUCACGACCGCGCAGUCGUACACUGCCUGGUGCAUCCCAAGAGGAAUAAUAAUCAGCAGCGGUCUGGUACGGAGGAAGCGAACGUCGCAGCUACACACGAGUUGAUAACUGAAACGGGGCAGCCCGAGAGGACAUGGGACCUUGAAAACAUUCUGAUGACCUUAGUUUCUGUAGCCCUAACCAUAGUGUGGUUUUUCAGAUGUGAAUAUUCGAACAUGUUCACGGCGAGCGCGAGUGUUGCCCUGUUCGGCCUAACCGUGUUCUACAGUGUUGCUAUUUUCGGCCUCUACCUGUCUGACACAUUCCACUUCGAUAGACGACCUGCUGCCCAACCAGCGCCUAAUAACUAA